AUGUCUAAUUAUAGUCUUAUGUUUAAGUUUAUAAUAAUAGGUGAUACAGGUUAAAUAAGAUAAUAUAAUGAUUAGGAGUAGGAAAAUCAAGUAUCCUUUUGUAAUUGAUUGAAAAUGAAAUUAAAGAAUAACAUGAUGCUACAAUAGGUGUUGAAUUUGGAGCUAAAAUCAUUAAAGUAAAUGGAAUGAAUAUCAAAUUGUAAAUAUGGGAUACUGCUGGUUAAGAGAACUUUAGAUCUAUUAUUCGUAGUUAUUAUAGAUCAGCUAUUGGUAAUGUAAAAUUAUAUUUGAAGGAGCUCUAUUAGUUUAUGAUAUUACAAAUAAAAACUCAUUUCAUAAUCUAUAAAGAUGGAUGGAAGAAAUAAAAAAUAAUGGUAAUGCCAAUAUGAUAAUUGUACUAUGUGGUAAUAAGAUUGAUUUGGAAUCUGAGUAAUUAAAAUAGAUUUUAUGUAGAGGCGAGCAGUAACAUAUGAAGAAGGAUGGUAAUAUGCUUAAUCAUAAUCAUUGAUCUUUCUUGAGAUAUCAGCUAAAUAGGGUAUCAAUGUUUAAUCAGCAUUUUAUUAAUCUACAUAGAGGAUUUUGUAAGAAAUAGAUGAUUAAAAAAUAUUACUUGGAUAAGAUGUAAAUGAUCUUAUUUUAUUGUAGCCAGGUAUUAAGAUUGGUGGAUAGUAUAAAAAAAAGGAUAAAGAUAUAAAAGUAAUAAACACUUAUGAAGAAGCUGUUUAGUUGAAAAAAAUAGAUACUCCUAAUGGAAAUAAUUGUUGUUGA